CACAAUUUACACAACACAACCAUUCGACUUCUGUAAUAAAAAGAAAAAUAUCGGACAGAGAUUUUUCUUCUAAAAUUUUCUUCGAGAUUAAUAUUGACGAUCAAACAAUCUAGUGCGAAGGAUAUUAUUUGUGAUGGCGGAUAUUUGUUACGAGGACGAGCCGUCAUGGUCUAGCCGAAGGCGGAGGAUCGGAGUUCACCGGUGCAGAAUAUCUCCGUCAGAGAUGCAUCAGACGGCGGUGGAAGAUUCAGAGGGGAUUUAUAAGCGUAAUAAACAAGAGGAGAACGAUUUUAUGAGCUGUGUAUCAUCACCUUCACGGAGCUCACCUGAUUCAGAAGCUGACGUGGAGGAUUCAUCGGUUAUAGCAGUUAAGAAACCGGCUAGAGAGGCGACGGAUACGAGGCCUAGAUACGGCGCCGCAUCAGUGUGCGGUAGAAGAAGAGAUAUGGAGGAUGCGGUUGCGAUUCAUCCUUCUUUUGUUCGUAAGCAAACCGAGUUUUCGCGUUCAAGGUGGCAUUAUUUUGGAGUUUACGACGGUCACGGCUGCUCUCACGUUGCCACUAGGUGUAAAGAGAGGCUACAUGAGAUUAUGCAAGAGGAAGCUGCUCUCUCGGAUAAGAAAGAAGAAUGGGAGAAGAUGAUGGAGCGUAGCUUCACGCGCAUGGACAAUGAGGUUGUUCGUUGGGGAGAAACCGUGGUGAGCGCUAACUGUAGGUGCGAGCUUCAAACACCAGAUUGCGAUGCUGUCGGAUCCACAGCUGUUGUCUCCGUCAUUACACCGGAUAAGAUCGUUGUAGCGAAUUGCGGAGAUUCUAGAGCAGUUCUCUGUCGGAAUGGGAAACCAGUUCCUCUAUCCACAGAUCACAAGCCGGAUCGUCCAGAUGAGUUGGAUCGGAUCGAGGAAGCCGGAGGGAGAGUGAUAUAUUGGGAUGGUCCAAGAGUCUUGGGCGUGUUAGCCAUGUCACGUGCCAUAGGAGAUAACUACUUGAAACCGUACGUCAGUUCGGAGCCGGAAGUUACGGUGACGGAAAGGACAGAAGAAGAUGAGUUUCUGAUUCUAGCUAGUGACGGACUAUGGGACGUAGUGACCAACGAGGCCGCGUGUGCGAUGGUGCGGAUGUAUCUUAGCAAAAGAGGUGGAGGAAGGCGGCGAGAAAGUAAAGAGUGUGGUGAAGGGAAAGAGGAGGAGGUGGUGGGGUCGAAGAAGAGCGGGAAGAAAGGAGAGAUCUCGGACAAAGCAUGUACGGAGGCGUCAGUGUUGUUGACGAAGCUGGCGUUGGCUAAGCAUAGUAGCGACAACGUAAGCGUCGUCGUCAUUGAUCUCAGAAGAAGAAGAAGAAAUAGACACGUUGCUUGACACUAAUCUCAUAUCACUCCACCGUCUUUUUUUCUUUAAAUAUGAUUCUUUUGUUUUUUUCUUUCAUUGGGUUAAGUGGUGGAGGUUUCACUGGGACGAAGGCAUCUCAGAUCAUCUUCCAACCCUAAAGGAAAAAAAAACAUUAGUUGAAAAGAAAUUCUCGGUUUAUCGAAAUCGGUUAAACCGGGGUAUGAUGGUUGGGUUUUUUUUUUUUUGUUCUGGACUAUUGUUUUAGCCUUUUUAGUUGUGUAAUCGACAAACAAGAAAGGAAGACGUGUAUGUGUCACCGUCUGGAUGGCAACGAGUUCAGAAUUCAAUAAAUAAAAAGCAUGUGCAU